UUACACUUUAAGAAGACAAAGUAAACCCUUUUCUUUCUCUCACACUCUCCGCAGCUCAACCUAGAUCUCACCCUCUCUUCACUCACACAGACUCUCCCAAAACGCAGCGUUCAAUUCAUCUCAGCUCAGUGGUUUGAAGUUCUUGAUAGACCCAUAGGGAAACAUUGGAGGAAUAUAGUGCAAAGCCAAAUAUUGUGAUUUUGAUUAUAGUAUCCAAAUGGAGCUACGAAGUUGUAGUCAUCAUCAUUAUAUCCAGGCUAUUAAAGAUGGUUCAGUUACAAAAGUCCUUAAUGUUGAACGUGGCCGACCAACACUUGCAUUUAGAGACAUUGCGGACAUAUAUGACUGCAUCUUACUUGAUAGUGGUGAUGGAAAAGCUGAAAGAUCAUGCGCUGGAGUAGUGAAGGAAAGAAUCGUGAAAACCGAACCAGAUGCUUGGGAAUGUAAUGCCAAUGAUGGUGAUGAUCAGAGAAUCAAUGACUUGGAUGAUGAUGGCUUUGACAAUUUUACACUAAAGCAAAUUAAAGAAAGUUGCAAAACAAGGAAGAGGAAACACUCACAUGGUCUUGACUCAUCUAAAAAAAGAAAAAUAAAGGUUGAAGACUUGUCUUUCCCAGAAGACUACAGGAAAAAACAAAUGGCUGCAGAUGAUUCUGAUCUCAUGGAGACUCUCUGUAGCUGGAGAUCUAAACUAUCUAAGAAUGUGAAGGCCAGGAAGAGAAAAUGCACAAAAGUCCCAAUAUGUUCCAAAGAGAUUGUGCUAGUUGUCAAUUCUGAAGAGAUCCAAGACGAUCAACAGUUCCCACUCUCUAGUGGGGAUUCAGCUGCUCUUGUUGAAGUGAAAUGUGAGGUUCCUGAAGAUGAUUUUUUUGAUAUGACAGAUUGCUAUUUUGUUACAGAAAGGGAAGAUGAGACAGAGAUAACCCACACAUUGAAUUUGGAGAAUGAAUUGCAUUAUAACUGGAAUGAGCAUGUUGAUUUUAUUCCACUGCGAAUGGUGAGCCCAUCUUGUGUGAAUCUUCUGGAAAAUAAUUCUGAACUGAGCUGCGACCAGUCUCCAACCUUUCCAGCAAUAGAAUUUGAAGAUCAUAACUCUGAUAUUAGUGGCAUCCAACUUGAUGAUGACAUUGACACUCCAGUCUCACCACCUAGCAUAUCUACUCAGAAAGACUUUGAGUGCAUAAAUCUAGAGUGCAUUGAUGAUAGUACUUUUUUUGGUAGCUGCUACAAAGAUGAAUUUACAGCUGGUGCUGAGGUACAGGAAAAACCCAGCUCUAGUAUUGAACAUGACCUCAAUCCAGAAGAAUGUCCAGUUUCAUGCUCAGAUGGUUCACCUGAAUAUGAGGAGAAGCAAUCAUUUGCUUCUGUGCUUGAUGAUCAAAAGAGACAUGUCAAUGAAGCUAUUGAUGAAUUGACUUCUUGGGAUGAUCUUAAAGGUAGUCCAAAGCUGCAUAGUCCUGAAAGGCUAUUAUCAACCAGAAAGGCAAUUUCACCCUCUUCUCAGGAAAAGCUUUGUAAAGCCAUGGAGUCCAUGGAUAAUUAUAACAAUCUGAAAAGCAGGAGUAGAUUAUACUUUCUUGCGCAGUCUAUUAAGAAUGGUGCUGCUAAAGGGCCUAAUGAUAUCAUGGGAGCUGGAUUCACUGAUAACCCUAACAAAAUUAGUGCCCGUGCUAAGACUUUUCAAGGAGUUUCCCAUUCCAAAGGCACAUCUAGGAUACCUCAUUCUUCUCGCCCAGCAACCCGCCGGGAUUGCAGCUCUGAACAGAGUUUCCCAAAUAAUGCAAUUACAUUUACAAAGCGGCAAAUGCAGGAUACAGAAUGCAUUGCUUUGAAACUCACAAAGGAAUUGAAGUCAAUGAAGGACAUCCUGGAUGAUAUGUUAAGAUCUCAAUUCUGUCUAAAUACGUCUUUGAGACAUAAAGUAAACGAGGCAAGAAUGGCCGUUAAGAAUGCCACAAGAGCUGAAGAAGCUGCGAAACGAUGUCUGUCCUUCAUGGCAAGGGAUUGCAACCGUUUCUGUAGGAUAAUGAAAUUAGCUGAUGCUGGCCCUUCACCAACACCUCCUCAAGAUGUAGUGCGUAAAGAGAAGAAAAAAAUAGCCUUUGCUGAUGAAGCAGGUGGAAGCCUGUGCCAGGUCAGGGUCUAUGAGGAUGACGAGCCAUCUUUGUCAGAGUCUCCUUCUACAAUUGAUUCCGAGGUCAAAACUAAUUCUGAGGAGAAGUUUUGUGAGUAGCUUCUGAAUGUAGGAAUUAAUUCAAAAGAAAGAGAAACUGAUUCAAACAUGUAUUAAUUAAGCGAGAAUGUUGCUUUAAUAAUGUGUCAUUUACUGUAUCUUAUAUUUUUCAAUGCCCUGUAACAAUUAUUUGAUGUAGAAAUGUCUUAGACUUGCUGGGGAAUGGGAAUUUUGUCUGUUCCCUUCUAUAUAGGAAAGUUAAUUUAAUUGAUAUUCUAUGUAACCAACUGAGCUGAAUCAGUUUUUUAAGAGGGAAUUCUUUGUGCUUGCAUUUAA